AAAGUUGUUUAAACGUAUUUAUAUAAUCAUACAAAAUAACAAAGACUAUUAGAAAAUAAUGUCUAAUUGUUUCUAGUCACGCAGAAGCGCAAACAAACACAAACAUUUUGGCUACUGACAUUUUCAGUUUCAAACUGAAACGGAAACUUAUCAAUUCUGCUGGGUGGUUUAUAGCUCGUGUCCAAUGGAUUUUAACUUGACGUGGAACUGCGAAAACCUCUCGAAUUUUUGGAUGGAGUUGACCUGAACAACAGUUAAAGGAUGAUGUGAAAAUAAAUAUUGAGAAAGACACUCAAUAGAGACAGAUAUUUCAGAACGUCAACAUGGCAAUGAUGAUAUGGCAGCCAAAAUAUAAAGUGUUGCCCAUUUAACUUUUGAAUGAAAGCAUGUCUAAACAAUAAACCUUAAUUGACAAUAAAUGUAUUGAACCCACACAACUUUGCUGCCCUCAAAAUAUGUUAAACAUUUUGAUGGUAAAUACAAAUUGGAAAAUGUUUUUUUUCAAUCUAGAAUUCAUUUUCAAGAUAUAUUUAGGCCUACUUUUAUUUCAUAUUUAUAUUAUUGACAAUGCUACUGCAUCAGCAAAUUGUCGCCCAGCAGAAUACAGUUCAGAAGAGGGCUGUUGUCCAACCUGUCCCCCAGGUAAGAGACAAUAUCCUCACUAAUUAGCUGGUUCCAAAAUCGCUAAUUUGGAAUGUUAUUUUGUUAGUAUUGUCAUGGUUUUGAAUAAUGUUUUUUGCACUUUGGACUUUGGCAUCAUCUAGUGGCCGUGCAUGUCUUAUUUAAGUGUUUUCUGUUUCCUUGGUUUGCCAAUUAGUCCUGUCAACUGUGUCUUGUUGCUCCUGUCACAUGACCAAUCAAGCCAUGUAUUUAAGCCCUGAUUUUGCCUAUGUUCAUUGCUUAAAGUGCGUUCACAUCGCUGGGAAUUAUGGGAAAAACCUUUUCGCAACGUCGGAAAGUUCACCUCAUGACGCUGUUAUGAUUCUACUUCCGUUCGGCAACUGGGGCCAAAUUUAGUUAACAGAGUUGCCCAGUUGGUGACAUAUGGUGACUCAUUGUUUACUAGUGAUGCGCAUGACCAUGUCGGACCUCAACGCAAAAGUUUUGAACGGCACUGUCCGACUGAGAAGCACCUGACUGCGCAGUUUGUAUGGAUGAUCCUCAUCCCAUUUAGUGAAUUAUGAACAUGUGCUUUGAAGUAAAUCCUGUAAUUUAUUGGGAGCCAAUGCAGGGAUUUUAGGCUAUUGAGGUAAUGGGACGGCUUCGAUCUGUAGGCUUGGUUGUUUAGUACAAUGGCUGCUACUACAUCUGUGUCAUUUGCAUAAAGUUUAAAUCUCUUUCAGUAUACAUGGAUGAAAAACUGCAGCUUCCAUGAUCCCCGACAAUCAGUCAGAACCUAUGUUCCACGCCAAACAGAUGGUGGCGGUAAUCCUCUUGGUGUGAUAUAUAUACCGCUGACGAAGAAGAACUUCUAGAUUCCGAGCGGAGUGCACAUGAACGGUCGCUGUCGGAAAUACGCGUGAACGUGCGCGUCAUCACUGCCGAGCCGUCUCGUUAUCACCAGGAGAGUGAACGCACCAUUAGUCUUUGGUGUGCCACGUUUGUACUCUGACCCAAGCUAAAGUCUUGUAUAGGACAUUAUUAUUGAUCCUCUGUGUUUUGACCGCUUGCCUGCUCUCUGCCCACUUGGAUUUGACCCUCUGGUAUGACGUUUUGAACUUUUGUCUUUUUGAAAAAGAUCUACCUGUAUAUGAGUUUACCUUUUGCCUUCUCUGUUGGACUUUUUGCCCUUUUUGGAUUUUGCCCUCGUUUUGGAAUUUUGUGAUCUUCUGUGUUUUUGCCCAAAGACUUUGUUAUAAUAAACAACAUUUCAGUUAAUCCUCUCUGCACUUGAGUCUAUACCAUUGGUUCUCAAAGUGCGGCCCGCGGGCCAAUGGCGGCCCGCAGAAACAUUCCUUGUGGCCCGCAAUGACAUACAGACUUUUUAAUUUUUAUUAAUUCAAACAAAAAUAAAUAAAUACAAAGAGAAGAGUCGACUCUCUCUAGCUUUCUAUUAAAUCCUGUUACAUUUGUUAGUUUUAAUCCGACUAUACAUUUUUUGAAAAGAUGAACCUCAGUUUCGUGAUUUAAACCUCACUUGACCUCACUCCCAGAGGUCCACGGUGCAAUGUUUUUUUUCCACCACUGGGGUGCUGACGGCGUUUCCCGCCUAUUUUUUUUUUUCUUUGGCGGCCCUCAGUCAAAUUUUGGGUUCCUAAAUUGGCCCUCAGCUGUUGAAACUUUGAGAACCCCUGGUCUAUACCCUUCCCUUUUUGUUCACUGGGUUUAGAGUAGAACUGCCCGGAUUUGCAGAUCCGGGCUCGAUCCCCAACUCUGACAAGUAUUUUUUUUUCUUUCAACAUGGUCAUUUGUUUUGGUUCCAACAGGAAUGCAUGUUAAUAGACAUUGCACAGAAUUCAGAAGUACAUCAUGUGCAUCUUGCACAGAAGGUACUUUCCAAGAUGGCAACAAUGGGCGUGAACAAUGCUUUUCAUGUAAACAUUGUGAUGCAGGUCUCGGUCUGAAGGUGAAGAAGUCGUGUUCAUCAACAUCAGAUGCUGAGUGUGAGGUCCUGGAUGGAUUCUUCUGUAGUGACUCUAACGGAGGUGGAUGUAGGGCCGCUCAGAGACACACGGUUUGCAGUCCUGGUCAAUACAUCGGUCAAAGAGGAACAGCAGAUAAAGACACAGAGUGCCUUCCCUGUACUGAUGGAACAUUCUCAAUUGGCACAUCAACGUCUUGUCAGUACCACACAAAAUGUGAAUCUGUGGGACUGAAACUGAUGAGACCAGGAACUGAUUCAACUGAUUCUGAAUGUGGAGAACAUGGUCCACAUGCAGGACUAGUGGCAGGAAUAGUAAUAACAGGAGUCAUACUGGCUCUAAUAAUCAUAGCCAUUAUUCUGAGGAAGAAAAGAAGAGAAAAGGCUAAUCAAAGGCGUGAUAAGAAAAGGGAAACACAGGAGCUGGAGACUGCUGCAGAGCUGCUCCAAUGGGCUUCAGUCUUCAGUGAGUGUUGCUGCAUGUGGAGGCUGGCUGUAUGUCCUGACUCUCUGCUGCCUUCUCUCCCAGUACCUACACCACUAAGGUCCACUGACGGUCCUGAACCAACCAGGGACCAACAAGAAUGUACCACAACUACCCCUGAUGGAACUAUGGAUGUUCAUCAUGGUGACCAGAGUCCGGGUCCAGCCCCUCCCUCAAGCCCCACAGAUAAUGGAUCUGAGUCAGUCUCAGUCCAUCAGGAGGACCAUCAGCCUGUCCUCAUCAAGAGAGACAGUGGAGCCUCCCAGUCCCCCCUCCUCAGUCUGGUGCCCCCCUCCCCCUCCCGGUCUAGCCUCCUCAGUCUGGGUCCCCCCUCCCCCUCCCCGUCCACCCCCCCUCAGUCUGGGUCCCCCCUCCCCCUCCCGGUCCACCCCCCUCAGUCUGGGUCCCCCCUCCCCCUCCUGGUCCAUCCCCCUCAGUCUGGGUCCCCCCUCCCCCUCCCGGCCCCCCCCCCCUCACUCUGGGUCCCUCCUCCCCCUCCUGGUCCACCCUCCUCAGUCUGGGUCCCCCCUCCCCCUCCCGGUCCAUCCCCCUCAGUCUGGGUCCCCCCUCCCCCUCCUGGUCCACCCUCCUCAGUCUGGGUCCCCCCUCCCCCUCCCCCUCCCGGUCCACCCCCCUCAGUCUGGGUCCCCCCUCCCCCUCCUGGUCCACCCCCCUCAGUCUGGGUCCCCCCUCCCCCUCCCGGUCCAUCCCCCUCACUCUGGGUCCCCCCUCCCCCUCCCGGUCCACCCGCCUCAGUCUGGAUCCCCCCUCCCCCUCCCGGUCCCCCCCCCUCAGUCUGGGUCCCCCCCCCCCCUCCCGGUCCACCCCCCUCAGUCUGGGUCCCCCCUCCCCCUCCCGGUCCACCCGCCUCAGUCUGGAUCCCCCCUCCCCCUCCCGGUCCCCCCCCCUCAGUCUGGGUCCCCCCCCCCCCUCCCGGUCCACCCCCCUCAGUCUGGGUCCCCCCUCCCCCUCCAGGUCCACCCGCCUCAGUCUGGGUCCCCCCUCCCCCUCCCGGUCCACCCUCCUCAGUCUGGGUCCCCCCUCCCCCUCCUGGUCCACCCUCCUCAGUUACUUUAAUUUCCCAAGAGCCAAGAUCGUAUCGACUGUGUUUCAUUAUUGAAGGGUUAUGACCUCGUAGAAGAAGAAGUAAAACCAGUUUUUGAAAAUUCUGGAUCAACAUGAAUGUAAAUCUGAUGACUCAAACGGAGGGAGUAAAUACACCAGGCAGAUUAUUUCGAGGGUUAGUGGUGAUAAUCCAUAUUUGAAUCAAUCCUCACAAGCGAGGAUGUUAAUAAAUAGACAUGUGAGGUGUUUUCUGUGAGGCGUCCUGGGAUAUGAUGGGUAACGUUGGCUUGAGUACGAUCUCCAUCCUGUACAGGGAAUGUUUAUAUGGAGAUGUGGAGAUUGAGAUGUUGGGUGAGAGGAACCACUUGUCUUUGAACGAUUUAUUAGGAUAUUUCUGUUUGCAAUGUUGUCUUUUUUAGUUUGAGCUCAAUUAGUGCAAUGUUGACCACUUGCUGAACAUAUUUUAGUUAUUAGAUAGGAUCUCCUGACGCUAGAGUCACUCUCACAAGUCACAACAUGUGAGAGGGAACCAUUUGGAUUAGAUCAAAUGUUUCAUCAGUUUUUCUUAAGAGGUAAAACCCCCCCAUUGGUUGAUCAGGGCAGGGGGGGGGGCGUUUACACUCUUUUUUUAAUGAUACUAUAUAUUUCACCCAUACGUGUCAUUUUGAAGAGAAGGAAACUGUUUCUACGUCAGAGAUUUAGCGCCAUCACUGUAUUGAAGGUGUUGGAUUGAAUUCAGGACCAAUAUGCUAAAUGCUAAACAGUGUUCCUCUGCUCCACGUUAAGUGAACCCUAGCCUGGUUCCUAGCUCUACGUGGCCCUGCAGGAGCUGAGGGCUGGUUCAACCACACUGAUCGCUCAAUGUGCAACAGGUGUGCAGCCUCACCAACCCCCAAAGUCCAAGCAGUCUGACUCGGGCCAGGUGAGGCUGCUUAAACCGUCAUUAAGCCGUCAUCCACACACACUUCACAAAACUGUGCCUGAAACGGUCUGUAAGUGUAUUGUUUUUUAACUUUAUUUGGAGAUUUAUUAAUGGGUAUAUUUUGCUUACAUUUUACGGUGUUUAUUUGUUAACAGAAUUUUGGGGGUUUGGAUUAUUAUGAAAUGGCCUUUCAUCUGUCAAACGUGCCCGUUCUCCAACCUUAGCGACAGAAUAGGCAUGGUAACCCUGACAUGUAUCAUGGUUGUUCUCAAUGAUGGUGACAUGUUCAUGUAUUGUUUAUCACUAUAUUAUUGUGUCUCUAACUGACGUUUCUCAGAGUGACACAAGCCUUGUGUCACAAGGUACUCAUCUUGCUUCUGGAAACAUUGGACCCGAAGCUUGUAUCUGUUUUUAAAUGUGUUUGUAUUAUAAUUGUGGAUGCCUCAUUUGCAUCCUUCUUAAAUGUUUUGUAUUGUUUUAUAUAUGUAUAUAGAUAGAUAUAUUUUAUAUGUGCUGCUUUAUGGACCUUAUAUGUCUUGAAUAAAAAGUUGAUUGAUUGUUA